AGGGAAAAAAUUCGAAUCCGCACCUAUCAAAACUGAUUUCUCUAUCUCUCCUCUUUCACCCCUAACCAUAAACCAUUCUCUGUCCUCUCCUAUGCACCGCCGCCGCCGCCGCCGCCGCCGCCGCCGCCGCCGAUCACCCUUUGUCGUUGCCGGCACCGACGAGGCAAUCAGUUAUCUUACAUAUUUAUAUUAUUAUAUCUAACAUAAAAGAAAAGAGAGACCUUUAUUGACUCGCUGCAUCUUCAUCUGGUCUUCCUGCUUAUCCUAACAAUGAAGGACUUUGUAUUAUCAAAGAAAAAAACAAUGAAGGACUUUGUAUUAUCAAAGAAAAAAACAAUGAAGCACUUUGAUUUUGGUGUCAGAGACUUCAAAGGUUUGAAGUUAUUAUUCUCUGGGAUGAGCUGAACUGGAGAGCAAGUUGUUAAAAGUUGUGAUUUUUCUAACUAAAGGUUCAAUUACUGUUAGGAUUGAAGCAGUGCACAAGACGAUGAAGAACCCUUAUGCACCAGUAUUGAAGAGAUGUGGGAGCCAGAUGCAAGAUCACUCGUUCCAGUGGAAGCAGUGCAAGUCCGCAGACAGGCUCAGCGAGCUGCCGGAUGAUGUACUUGUGUUAAUACUAUCUCGACUGAGGCUUAAGGAAGCAGUGAGGACUAGUGUUUUAUCUCCAAGGUGGAGAAAUUUGUGGACAUACACAACUGGUACCUUGGAUUUUCAUUACUCAGAAGAGUCUUCUUUUUUGGAGAGAUGUUUACGCAUGUAUCACCCAAUAUGGUCCAGACGACUUGAUGACAAGCACUCAUUUUCUGAGAAAAGAUUAUACUUCAUACAAUGGGUCAAUCGCGUCUUGAGCUUGCAUCAGGGUCGAAGCAUUGAAGAAUUUGAGGUGUUUGCCAAAUUGCACGGAACAAUAGGAGAAGAAUAUAUAAAUAAGUGGGUGAAAUUUGCUCUUGGAAAGAGAGUCAAAAGGCUUAAGCUGGAUUUUCCAGCCGAAAUCACUUCUAGUUGUGUAGAUUUUACCAUCACCAACCCCUUGCUCCGAAAAUUUGAAUUGCAUCUUUCUUCUCUUAAGGUGCUUUCUUUGAAUAAUGUAGAGGUUACAAGUCAGGCUAUACACUACGUUCUGCUCAAGUGUUCUGUUCUCGAAGAACUACACGUUGAGCGUUCUGUUUCCCUUUCGAAGUUGAAAGUCCCUGGUCCCUUGCCCCAACUCAAAUGCUUGAAGAUUAUUUGCUGUCGCAAACUUAAGUGGAUGGAGAUCCAUGCCAUCAAUGUUGCAUCAUUUACUUAUGAUGGGCACGACAUUCCCAUAACUUUUAAGACAGCCCCACAACUGGUUAAUGCUUCUCUUUGUGGCUUCUAUGCUUCCUACUUUGUUCAAAACAUCGGGAAAUACUCUAGCUAUAUUAAACAUGUGGAAUCGCUCAUGCUGGAAUUAUCGUGCUCAGAUAAAUACCUGAGUGAUGAAGUUACCUGAACUACCUGUCCUUAAAAAUCUAAGAGUAUUGGAGAUAGCAGUGAGAGGAUUCAGUGUUGAGAACACUUAUAACUGCUGUGCUGCUUUUCUGAAAAACUGUCCACUGCUGACAAGACUUUCACUUUCGGUUACUCCAAAUUUCGUUGGUGAUUACAAGAAGGAUUGGUGGACUACAGGAAGCUCAGAGUGUCUUCACAACCAACUCAAGGUGAUUGAACUAGUGAGGUUCAAUGGGGAUGUUCAAAGAGUAGCACAAGUGCAUUACUCCAUACUUAGGGAUCUCCCCUCAUUGAAUCAGGUGAUUUUACGUCCAAGCCCCACAUGGGAAGUACAUUAUCCAAAUAUAAAAGAUUUGUCUAACAACUUGAAGAUGAUGCAUCCCAAGGCUCAGUUGAUUAUACCAUCUUAAUUAUUAUUAUUAUUAUUAUUAUUAUUAUUAUUA